UUUCCCCUUCUAUCAUUACUAUAAUAUGAACCGAGUGAUUCAUACAGUAGCUAGCUAGAACUAGCUAGAGAAGUGAUCAGAAGAGGGGAAGGAAGCUAUAUAUAUUGAAAAACCCAGUGAAAUAAAGAAAAAAGAAAAGAAAAGAAAAGAAAGAAGAAGAAGCACCCACAAAUAUAUACAAGAGGAGAUCGAUGAAGAUGAAGGGUGCUAGUGCUACUAUUGGAGGCUCUAAGAGAAAGUUUUCAUGUAAAGGGCUUGGUGGGUUUCUUAAAGAAGGAAGAGGCAGGCUCUACAUACUUAGAAGAUGUAUUAUCAUGCUUCUCUGCUGGCAUGAUUAAAAUGGGAAGCUCCUUCUUUUGCUGUUCUCUUUUCUUUUUCCCUUUAAUUUAUGGAGAAUGUACAGCAAAACACUUGUAUUCACUUUUUUCUUUCAAUCUUUCUCUAUUCCCCUAUUUUGUUAGAAACACCGGCCGGCCUGUUGAUCGCAUGAAUAUCUCCCUCCCUCUUUAGAUGGCUCGUUUGGUUCUUAUCUUUUUAUUUGAAGUAGCUAGUGACAAAUCGAAUCUUCAAAUUUCUCUACUCGAUCAGCCUGCUAAAGAUGUUUUUUUUUUUUUUUUUUUUUUUUUUUUUUUUUU